GAAAACAAAAAAAUAAAAAGGAAAAAAAGAAAAGAACGAAAAACAAAGAAAAGAACGAGAUUAGGAUAGGACGAAAAGGAAAAAAGGAAAGGGUUAUAAAUUGGCGGUAACUCGAAACCGCCAUGAGGUUAGUGCGAUAUAAUCGAUAUGUAGUUGCGGCAACGCGCCACCAGAGGGUAGGUCGGUAGUACAUUUGGGGUCUCGUCGGAAGGCGCGUCAGUCCAGAGUCAACCGUAGACGGCUGUUCUUACGACGGAUGUGACAAGGCCGUUUUUUUUACUCUAUCUCCUCUCCUCAACGUUCUCUUCUCUCUUUCUCAACGUUUUCCUUUUCCUUUUUUUUUUUUUCUUUUACCUUUUUUCCCCCCGUAAAACAACCCAUCGUCGCGGCAAUACGAGAUCGUACGUAUCAAUUGUGAGAUAUCGUUUAUCGUGAAACCGAUCAUUAUUCAUCCGUUGAGAUAUUUCGGCGGCAAACGAGAAUAAGGACGAAAAAAGGCCGCGAAUUCGUGACGAUGAUCGUGAAAAGUGUGACAGUGCGCGAGCUCGGUUAAUAUCAAAAACGCAUUAAGAGAAAAUCACGGAUUUCAAGAGAACGUUUCGCCGUUCGCAGAAGAAGUUCAGGAGCAUACGGUCAGAUGGAAUGCCAAGUUCGAGUUCUGUUGUAAAAUGAGUGCGAAUGCGUCAACCGGUGUUCUAGAUCCAUGCAUCUUAAGGAUAUCAGUGAGGAAGGAAUUGAAGGGAGGCAGGUCCUUCCAGAGGCUAGGUUUUACCGAUCUGAACCUCGCCGAAUUCGCAGGAGCUGGUCUCUGUCGAAGGAGGUGUCUCCUUGAAGGCUAUGACGCGAGACAUCGCCAGGAUAAUUCUAUGCUCAAAGUAGCUAUUAAGAUGAACAUACGUUCCGGAGAUAUACUCUUUAAAGUACCUUCUCCGUCGUUAAAACAGACUCAACUAGCAGUUCCUGGUGUCCCUGGAGUACCAGGAGUUACAGCCGACGAGGUGGCCGUUGAAAGAUGUAGCAACCGAGAAGAUUAUGUGUCUAGUGGCUCAUUGGCCGGUAGUAUUGCUAGCGCAAGCAGUGGUUUCGGUAGUCUUCCGAAGAAAAGGCCAGCACUUUUCUCAUCCGAUCCCUUUUUAGAACUACUCAGUGGGACGGAAACGUACGAUCCCAUGACCCUAAGUGAGAUCGUACCUUCGGCUCUUCCGGUGGUUGAGGCAUUGACAGAAGGGCACACAGAAUCAGGCCAUUCGAGGAAUAGCAGCAAUACCAGUCAACUUAGCAAAGGAUCGGGAUAUGGAUCUCUUAACUCGCACAGUCAGCAUAGUAGACAGAGCAGUAGUGGUGACAGUGGCCAUAUUAGGUCACCCUCCUGGCCGGUAUGGGCACCACGUAUCCCGAAUCAAUCCCAAAAUCCUUAUAAUUUUCCAAAUGCACGGCCUGAAACGUCCUUCGAACCAAGGUCACCGUCACCAACGUCGUCAAUGAUGCUCGUUGAUCCAAGAGCCAGAUUUUGGUCCACUUCUAGUCCUAUUUCCUCUCGGAUCAUGAGAAACGGUACGGGAAAUCGUAGGAAUACGACAACUACUACAAAGUCGAUGACGAUGAUGCCCGAGACAACAAAGACAAUAACUAUUACAACUAAGACAAGAGAAACUGAUAAUGUCGAGGCUGCUGUCAAUCCUAAUGUUUAUUUUCCUAAUUUGGAUUUAACGGAAUCAUCCUCAGAAAGAAACGGAGUUAUUAGAAAUCGUACAAGUAGUUGCAUUUUAUCGAACAAUCAUUACGAAGAGAAUCGAACUACUGGAUCGACUACUACUACCGGUGUAUUUAGGGUACCAGGACCUAAUGACGUGCCGCGACACUUGAGAAAAAAUUACGAAAGAAAUAGUUUCGAGGCACGUAACGAACGUAAUAGUUUAUCUAACUUAGGACAAUACAAAAGGAACGAACAACAAAUUAUAAGUCAGGUGAUUGUACCAAAUUCAAAACCGAGAAUUGGUCAGCCCGGUUGGCGUGGUAUAUCGAAAACCUGUGAUUGCAUUGAAAAGGGACAAACUAGUCCAGUAUUACGAUUGGUAGAUCAGGCCAGGGCCGUAUCCUCUCCCGAUCCUCUCCAUAGGCCUGAUAAUCCUAGAGCAUCCCUACGUUCCGCGACGACGGCUCAAACCCUCAGAAAUCCUUCAGGAGGUUCUGGUCUAAGUGAAACUGGAUCCUUGGAUCGUGCAAAGGCAGCAUUGGAACGACGAAAAAAGGCAGAAGAUGGUACAGGAAAUCCUAGCUUAUGCAGGAUCGAAGUCACCAGACCUAAUCCAGAUUCAUUGAUCGAUGAAUUGAUUAAGGCAACGAAUUUGGAACAAACGGAUCUCGAAAGUUCUGAGACAACCGGUUUACAGUUGUUCAUCGCAAAGGAUGGAACAACAGCGUUGGGUAGUCACGAGGUGAAGAGUCAGAUGCCUGCCGGUGUGUUCAAGCAGGUGGUGAUGGAAGAAAACAAUAGGUAACACCAAGCCAUCACAUCAAGGCGGCAAUACGCUAGGCAGGCCAGCACAACGUUCUCAUUGGCCUUGGUGCCUGAACUCAUCUACGAGGCUUACGAGCCACGGUAGUCAUGAUGGAGAACGACUUGUUUGUUGGGUCGAAUAUAAGAAGAAGAAAAGAAAAAAAAAAGAAAAAAGAUGAAGAAAAAGAAGAAGAAGAAGGAGAGGAUCGUCGUCGUAAUGGUGUGUCUGAUAAAAAAUGAUCAGACUAUAAAAAACGACAACUUCCAUCUAGCGAGAGAGGAGAGAGAGAGAGAGAGAGAGAGAGAGAGAGAGAGAGAGAGAGAGAGAGAGAGAGAGAGAGAGAGAGAGAGAGAGAGAGAGAGAGAGAGAGAGAGAGAGAGUGAGAGAGAGAGAGAGAGAGUGAGAGAGAGUGAGAAGUGUAGGGGAGGAAGGAUAAGAAAGAUAUUUAUCUUUAAUUUUUGUUGUCUACUGUCAUCUACGAACGAAAAAAAAGAAACAAAGAACAAAAACGAGUUCUUGCGUUUUAACUACAGUAUUUCUUAUAAUAUGUGUAUGUACAUAUGUUUAUGUAUAUGUAUGUGUAUAUAUAUAUAUAUAUAUAUAUAUAUAUAUAUAUAUAUAUAUAUAUGUGUACAUGUAUACAUACACACAUAUCUUUUCGUACACAUGAUUUUGUACGUAAUAAUUAUUUCGUUUACAAUUAUUUAUAAUGCUGUAAAGAAAGAAAAAAAAAAGAAAAGAAAAAAGAAACAUGAAGAUGUAAGGUUUAUUAUUAUUAUUAUUAUUAUUAUUAUUAUUAUUAUUAUUAUUAUUAUUUUUAUUUUUAUUUUUAUUAAUAUUUCUAUUAUAAUUAUUGUUAUUAUUAAGACGAUGACACUUUCUUGCAAGAUGGAAGGAGCUUAUGAGCAUUACGAAAAGAGAUAAAUCGAAGAAGAGAAAAAAAAAGAGAGAGAGGGAGAGAGAGAGAGAGAGAGAGAGAGAGAGAGAGAGAGAGAGAGACGUAUAUUAUAGGAAAAAAGAAAAAAAAAAGAAAAAUGAAUGAAUGAAAAACAAUAAUUCAAAGUAUACACAUAUUUUCUUCCGUGAAACUGAAGCACAAUUGAUAUAUUAUUAUUAUAAUUAUUAUUAUUACUAUUAUUAUUACUAUUAUUAUUAUUAUUAUUAUUAUUAUUAUUAUUAUUACUAUUAUUAUUAUUAUUAUUAUUAUUAUUAUUAUUAUUAUUAUUAUUAUUAUUAUUAUUAUUAUUAUUAUUAUUAUUAUUAUUAUAAUCGACCGUGCUUCAUGCGCGAAUGGAGCUUUAGUCAAUACAGUUUUUAGACGAGAGACUAUAAUGUCGUGAUAAUAAAUCAGCAUAUUAGUUUUAAGGAAAAUUAUGGAAAACUCAAAAACAUGGGGGAGGUGGUAUAUGUGUAUAUGUAUAUGUAUGUACAACAAUGGUUUGAUUGAUAAUACUAAACAAUGUCCAACAAAA